CUGAGAUCUUUUGAAUACGGUAUUUGGGGUUGUCGUAUGUAUGUACUUCUGUCCGUCUGGGCCCCUCGAAUUAUUCCUCUUUCAUUUCCCUCUUUGAUUUUCCCCACCAUCACAGGUAUCAUGGCCGGUUCAAAUCGAUCUGGUGAUCUGGCCAAUCCGCAGAUUUCAGUGCCCCUGGGGACAAUUUUAGCCAUCUUUAUCACUUCGAUUGUCUGUAUCCUUUUCUCAAAUGGGGAUUCUCCCCUUUUUACGGAAGAGAGAGCGAACGAGAUAAAUUGA